AUCUUCUAUGGGAAUUACGCAAGAAGUAGCUCAGUGUCCUUGUCGUCAAAUUCUUUGAAUCUUCAGUGAAAUUUUGUGAACAAUGUUGCGAUUUGUGGGAAGGCAAGUAAAUAAUAUUGCAAGGAAUUCGAUAAUUCCUCGCAAUACUUCCGCGGUACAAAAUAUUCGUGCUUCGCACGAUGAACCUGUAUUAAGCGAGGAGGAAUUUAACAAAAAGUACGUUGAUUAUCUAAACCGAUUAAAUAUCGAUAACUGGGAAAUUCGUCAAGUUUUUAAUCAACUAGCUGGUAUGGAUCUUGUCCCUGACCCAAGUAUCAUAUGUGCAGCAUUAAAGGCCUGCAGGCGACUGAACGAUUACGCUCUUACUGUAAGAAUUUUAGAGAUUGUAAAGGAUAAAUGUGGAGCUAAAGUGAAAGAAAUUUAUCCUUACAUCUUACAAGAAAUCCAACCUACUUUAGAUGAACUCGGUGUCAGCACACUAGAAGAACUUGGUUAUGAUAAGCCUGAACUAGCACUUCAGUCAGUUGAUGAUAUACAUUAAAUUAUUUACUUGAAGUCAAUAAACAUAGUAUUUAUGCAUAGAAAUAAAUUCUACUAGACUUUUCACAAAUAACCGAAGGAU